AGUUGAACCGUUCUGAUGAGUUGAACCGGCGGCUGACCUAGCGACUAGCGAGAAGCAAAACCGUCGAGCUUUCUGGCGAGAGAGGGAGGGGACGAUGGCGGCAUCAAUGGCGAGAUUCGGCCUUCGAUCUGCGUCCUUGCUUCUUAGACAAGGAGCGAAGGGCAACGGCGCGGCCUCAGCUAAGCGUAGUUUCUCUGCUUCGGCACAUGAUGACGCCAGCGAGGCUGCGAAGUGGGAGAAGAUAACUUAUGCCGGGAUUACUACAUGCACUAUCCUCGCGAUCUAUAAUCUCUGGAAGGGGCAUCCUCAUCAUGAAGAACCCCCGGCUUACCCUUAUCUGCACAUUCGAAACAAGGAAUUCCCUUGGGGUCCUGAUGGUCUAUUUGAGAAGAAGCAUCAUGAUCACUAGACAAACCAUGUCUUUCUUUUGGGAUUUCAAACUUGGGUUCAGGCCUGUUUUGCGUGUUUCAUGUUCCAAUAAUGAUGUGUUUAUAUUAAAUUAUCUAGGAUGGAUUAUGUGGGGGAAAGGAGAUUAAGCAUUUACAUGUGUGCAAUGUAAACCUACCAUUCUAUGUGUAAUGUUGCAAUGUUACUACGGCCAUGAACAUUUCAAACUUUCUCAAGGUUCUUAAAUCA